AUGGCUGAAGCCCCGGGGGAACCGGCCCCCCGCAGCAGCCGGAGCCGGUCCCGUCCCCCGAGCCUGGACAGCCGCAGCCUGGGGAGGGCCCCGCGGGAGCCCGACUGGCGGGCCUCGCUGCGGCUGUCGCUGGGGAUGCCCGGGCGGCGGCGAGGGGCGCUGCGGGAGCUGCUGGGGCUGCCGGCGGGGCCGGAGCAGGAGGACGAGCAGCAGUCCGCGGGCCCCGGCGGGCUCUGCCUAGAACCCCGCGAGCACGCGUGGAUGCUGGCGGCCGCCGAGGGCCGCUUUGAGGCGCUGCAGGAGCUGCUGGAGGCCGAGCCGGGGCUGCUGAGCCGCGUGGACCCGGUCACGGGCUACAGUGCCUUCCACUGGCUGGCCAAGCACGGCAGCCACGAGGGGCUCAUCCUGGCGCACGACUUCGGCCGCAGCCGCGGGCUGGCCUUCGACGUGAGCGCCCCCGGCAGCGGCGGCCUCACCCCGCUGCACCUGGCGGCGCAGCAGGGCCACGACAUGGUCAUCAAGGUGCUGGUGGGAGCCCUGGGUGCCGACUGCAGCCGCCGGGACCACAGCGGCCGCCGGGCGUGCCACUACCUGCGGCCCGAUGCCCCCCCGGGCCUGCGGGAGCUGGCGGGCGCCGAGGACGGCGAAGACGCUCGGAGAGCCGCGACCGCCACAGCCGGCUCGGUGCGGCGCAGGGGCCCGCCCGGAAACGUCAACAACAACUGUAGCAGCGGCCGCAACAGCUGGACUGCCCUGCUGCCGGACCGGACGGACGGGGCGGCCCCGGCGAGUGGGGAGAAGGGCUCCAGGGUGACCCAGAUCCAGGGAUUUUUCCGGCAACUGUUCUCCCUCUUCCAAGACCGGAGUGAAAUUCAAGAUACCAGACGAGCCAUUCUUGGCGUUUAGUACAGAACAUGUUCUGGGAGACCCAGGAGUUAACCCGGAAACUCCGCGUGCAAGAACAGCUCCUAACUUUGUCAAGGACGGUUAUAGAUGAAGCAGAACUUAUCACGCAGUCAGGUGGGAGGGCCAGUCCUGCUAAGGAGAAGAAAUCGGCCGCAGGACUGACUUCUCCCGAAUAUUAAAAAUGGGAAUUUUCUUCUUUUACUUGACGAAGCUGUCCGUGUGCGCCUGCUUGUGUCUGUGUGUGUGUGUGUGUGUGUGUGCGUGUGUGUGCUUGACAGUGGCAGGAGGGUGGAGUUGCCCAAGCUCCUGGCGAUGAAGGGGCAACUUCCCCGGUGCUUUAAGCGAAAGCUUUGAUGAUCUGGAGCGGCCUUUGUCUCAGCUUUGGUAUCAGAAGGGAAGCACUCACAAAUAAUCCCCCAUCUUGGAGCCACGUUUGACUUCCCCUCCCUAACUUUUGAUUUGAGCGUUACUGGACCCUCAUCUCCAGACGAAGAGCACAAGAGUUGGAGAAUCGCUAGAGUGGGGAGAGGAAGGAUCUAAAAGGGGGAACAAACUCGAGUCUCAUUUUCCGUUAUGUGAGUGCUGAGUCACACAUUAUACCUCCCGGGCCUCUAUUGAUGAAACAUAUCCCAUCACUUUUUUUCCCCCGCCAAUAGGUUUCCCCGCUCCCGUCAGUGGUACUGGCUCUUCUCCUCACUUUUCGAAGUUUAACAGCUGUGGUUUGGAAAAGUGCUUGGGUUUAGCUAAAAAUGAAUUCAGAGCUUGACUCAGUGUGAGAGGGAAAAGUAAUCGGUGGUUGCUGGAUUCUGAAAUAUCACAGAAAGUAGAGACAUUGGUUUUCUCAAAAAUCAUGAUGACAUCCUGGGCAUGAGUAUCCCUUCUAAUGCCAAGCCUGUGUUUGCUAGAAUUCUCUCAAACCAAGUCCUGAUUAGCAGGAAAUUGACUCAUUGUAAAAUAUAUGACACAGAGACUCCAAGAAAUGGCAGACGCUCAGCCCCCACCAGCCACCCAGCCUGCUAGUCUAUCUAGGACAGUGCCACCAAAGAUAGACUUGCUUGUCUUCCUCGAUGCCACCCAAACAUCCUUCUUCCCUUCAGAAAGCAGCCGGACUUCUAAAAUUGGCCCAAAGUUCCCUGCCCACUUAUUGUUGACUGUUGGUUCCUUGUGCCAAGGGAGGGGAGAGACACUCUACUGGUGAUUUCCAAACUCAAUAAGCUAAAGAGUCAUUUUUACAUUGAA